AAUAAAUUUUUUGAGUUCGUUUCUUUUUCGUCUUUUUUUUUUUUUUUUUUCCCUUUCUGAAUCAAAUCCAAUACCUUUAGUCGCUACCCAGGCUAAAAAUUUUCUCAGUCGGUGCAUAAAUAAUUUUAUCUGGACUAGGAUCUAGAUACUCUGCCUUGCCAAACACGUCCUUAGAUAAAAUUUUCACCUUUCCUCACCAACAGGCAACAAAAAGACCCCAAAGCGUAUGCUUUUUUUUUUUUUUUUUUCUUUUCAUGUAUCUAUAGAUUCGUAGAUUCAGAGAAGAGUCAAGAAUCUGAAGAGCUUUGAUCAAUCAAUCCAUCGAUGGCGGGGGUCUCUUUGAAGUGUGGGGACUGUGGGGCACUGUUGAAGUCAGUGGAGGAAGCCCAAGAACAUGCCGAGCUCACCUCCCAUUCCAACUUCUCUGAAUCAACUGAAGCUGUUCUCAAUCUUGUUUGCUCCGCUUGUGGCAAACCAUGCCGAUCCAAAACAGAAAGUGAUUUGCAUACAAAAAGAACAGGGCAUACUGAGUUUGUGGAUAGGACUCUGGAGGCAGCAAAACCUAUCAGUUUGGAGGUUCCUAAUGUAGCUAAAGGCACAGAGGAAGUUGUUGGUGAAGGCAGCACCUGCCAGUCUGAAGUCCUGAGAAAGGUAAUCAUGUCAAAAAUAGCAGAUUCUGCCGCUACUACUCGAUUUGGAGAAGUAACAACUGGUCAAACCACAGCGGAACUACAGAAUAUCCAAGCUGCAUACAGGUUGAAUGGAAAGAACUACUUGAAGUGGUCUCAGUUGGUUCAAACCUUUCUAAAAGGGAAAGGAAAAUUGAGCCAUCUUCUUGGCACUGGUCCUGAGAAAGGAGAUCAAAAAUUUGAGGCUUGGGAUGAAGAGGAUUCUAUGGUUAUGUCAUGGCUGUGGAAUUCUAUGACGCCAGAUAUUAGUGACACUUGUAUGCUUUUGUCCACGGCCAAAGACAUUUGGGAAUCAAUUCGUCAAACCUAUUCCAAAGUUAAAGAUGCUGCUCAAGUCUAUGAGGUCAAGAUCAAGACUGCAGCUCUCAAACAAGGGAAUAAGUCAGUCACAGAGUAUGCUAUUCUUCUUAAAAAUCUUUGGCAAGAGAUGGAUCACUAUCGGUGCAUAGAAAUGAAGUGCAGUGAAGAUGCAACAACUUUGAAGAAAUUUAUUGAAAAAGAUCGAGUCUAUGAUUUUCUUGCUGGACUGAAUGUUGAGUUUGAUCAAGUCAGAGUCCAAAUUCUGGGAAAACAGGAUCUGCCUUCUUUAAAUGAAGUGAUUUCCAUGGUUAGAGCAGAAGAGAGCAGAAGAGGAGUGAUGCUUGACAGUGUGCAUGUAGAAGGAUCUGCUAUGGUCUCUAAUGGUGGGAAGAACCAAAGCUUAGAACAAUUACCAAUCAGUGAGAAUGGGAAAGGUGAUUCGGCUAAAACUUCAAAUCACGACAAUCUUUGGUGCACCUAUUGUAAAAAGCCAAGGCACACCAGAGAUCGUUGCUGGAAACUACAUGGAAAACCUUCAACUUCAAGCAAAGAAUGGGGUUAUAAAGGAGGACAGCCAAGAAAUCAAAGACAAGCUCACACGACUGCAAUGGAGUUAAACCAGGAGAAGUUUCAGGAACAAGGAGAGUUGGAUAAAAAAGAGAUUGAGAAACUGAGAAGCCUAUUGGGAACUCUUGAAAAGGCUACUGGUGUAUGCUCCUUGGCACACUCAAGUAAGGACUCUGGUGCAGGUAAAGUCUCUAAUUCUCAUGGAUUAAAUGUCUCAGAUAAGUGCAUUAAGAGUUCUUGGGUCAUUGACUCAGGAGCCACAGACCACAUGACACAUUCUUCACAAAAGUUUAGUACAUAUACCCUAUGUCCUGGUACUAAGAAAAUUACUGUUGCAGAUGGUUCACUUACUAUAGUGGCAAGAUUAGGAGAUGUUCAAAUUAAUCCCUCAUUCAUUCUUAAAAAUGUUUUUCAUGUUCCUAGAUUGUCUACUAAUCUGAUAUCUAUACAAAGACUUACUAGAGACAUGAACUGCAAUGUGACUUUUUAUCCCUCUUACUGUGAAUUUUAGGACCAGGGUUCGGGGAAGAGGAUUGGACUUGCUAAGGAAAAGGAUGGACUAUACUAUCUUGAGACAUCCAACAACAUAAGUAAUAUCAAGAAUAGUUUACCUUUGUCAUUUCUUUC